ACUUCCGCCUUGGUCAAAACAUAAACACGUGCGAAAGUCAACUUUAUACAUGCGAAUAGCGUUCAUAAGCAACGAUGGUGUCCCCACCAGUGAAUGGAUUUUGGGAGAGACCCCGGGAGAGACCAGACCGAAGGGGGAGGCGCUCAUCGCAUCGACGAUGGUCAUAUUCAAUAACAACACAGACAGCAGUGUUGUCUUAUUCCUUCGCAAAAUUUAUGACCAAGGCCGAGUUCCCCUUUAAUUAGACAUGAAAUGGAGUAAUUUCUCAUGAGGAAUUUGCCAUUUCAAUUUUGUAUUGCUGCAAAGAUCUAAUAGUACUAACACACACACACCACAUUCAUCAUGGAAGAGACACCAGUGGAGGCUGAACCUGAAGGUGACUUUCAGUCAGUCAGUCAGAAGAUGAGAGAUAUUUCACAGCAGUUCGACCUCAACUCAAGCCAAGGCACUCAAACAUCCAUAUCAGUACAACAGAAUAUAUGCGCAUAUGUAAGAUACUUAGAUUGGCUAGAGAAUCUGAAGCAAGUGCAGAGUGGAUUGAUUCAAUCAUCAAAAGAAUCUACUACAUCUGAGAGUGAUUCUAAUGAUAUCGAAGAUAUUACCACAAGGAUUGCUGCACUCCAAGAAGAGUUCAUCAAGGAGAAAUCCAGCAUUGCAAUCCAAGAACUCGUCAUUAGAAGUGCCCAGCUUGGCUAUAAAUACCAGCAGCUCCUGUUCCCUGAGCAACCGGAGGCGGAAGGCCAGGAGAACCAGGAGGAGAAUGGGGAGGGGGCGGAGAAGCCCUCAUCUUGGGCAAAGAAGUUAUGUGACAAACAGAGGGUGCUAUCCUCAGACAUUCUAGCCCACAUCAAGACCUGUAAGGCUCUACAAGAUGAGAUCGAUCAGAGCAAGAAAGACACAAGGGAUGUUCAAGCUGCCAAUGUUGACUUAAUGAAGAAGUUACAGAGCAAGGAGAGUGCGGACAGGCAGGUAGCUGAACCAAGCAACUCUGUACGACAAGAGCAAGAGAAACUGGAUGAUCUCAUCUCUCAUGUUGCCAUGGAAAAGGGUAUUCUUCAGGGACUUAUCAUCGGAAGUGGGGUCAACUGGGCAAAAGACCCGGACCUAAAGGACAUAGUGAUUGGGCUGGGACAACAGCUCAAACUAGAUUGAACUAAAGGACUAUUUGAGAGAGUUCAAGUGGGUUAAUUGUCACACUCUAAAGAACAAAGUGAUUGGAUCUGGAACAACAGUUGAAACUGGAUUGAACUUGGUGGAGCUAAUCAUUUGGAGAGAUAGAUCAGAGUUGGUUAAAGGCUCCAACCUAAAGGACACAGUGAUUGGACCUGGAUAGUAGUUAAAACUAUAUUGAACUGAAGGACUAUUUAAGAGAGUUCAACUGGGUUUAAUGACCCUCUCCAAAGAACACAGUGAUUGGACUCUGACAACAGUUCAAACUAGAUGGAACUGAAGAACCGUUUUGAGUUUAAGUGGGCUUAAUGUCCCACUCUAAAAAGAACAUGGUAAAUUGAACCUGAAUGAGAGAUUAUCAAGAUUGAAUAUGGUGGGACUAAUCAUUUGGAGUGACCAAUCAAGUUGGUUAAAGGCUCCAACCUAAAGGACACCAUGAUUGGACCUGGACAACAGUUAAAACUAGAUUGAAAAUGUGUGACAAAGUGACAUUGACUCAUUUUGAGGUUUUUUUGUUGUUGGAGGUUACGUCAACCCAAUUAAAGCAGUUUUCUAAAAAAAAAUAACAAAGAAUCAGGACUUUUUUCAAUUCAAUAUCAGGACCAAUUGUUUGUUUUUCUUGGUGCUUAAAAAGGAACAUGGGUCUUCUGUAUUUGUUUUCUGAAUGUGUGUGAAAAUAAUACAGCCAAAUAUGAGCUUUCUCAGUAUUUGAGCACAUGACAUUAACCUUUUUUUGUUAGGGAGCCUUACAUUUUCAGUUGUCAGUUGGCUCUCGAUAUAUUUGAUAAAUGACCUUAACAUUUUUUGAUUUGUUCUGAAAUAUACUGGUAGGAGAAACUAUUGUUGACCUUUUUUGUGGCCAUUUUUGUUUUGAGAGUGUAACAACACUGUUUUUAGCAUGUUUAAAAUGUUGAUAGUCUAUUUAGCACUUGGGUGAUUCCAUACGUGUCGUACGGGACAUUUUGACAUAUUUUUGUCUCUUAGCUGAAUGCUUAAGCAAUACAAAUUUUUUUGUCAGUGAUAAAGUUAUGGUGGGUUAUGUUAAAAACCAAUCACAAUAUGUUUGAUUAUGGGUGAAUUAAAGGUGAAAAUUUUGUGUCGUACAGGACUCAGAAAUGUCCCGUACAACACGCAACACUUUCACCCCUAAUACAUCAAUGGAAAACAUAUUUUUGCUGGUUGUCAUCUUUUCAUAUGACUAUCCAGUAGUACUUUCAUAUUACAACAAAACAAAUUGAAAAUCCUUGUUUGGACAGCAGGUUGAAGUGUUGGGAAUCACCCACUUGUUAGUUCUGAUAAUGUAUGAUGCAGUGACAUAGACAUUCUUGAUUGAUUUUCUUAACAAAACAUCCAAAAAGUUACAUCGGCUUAAAAAGAAUCUUUGUCAAAUAGUAUGAUUUACACAUUUUGUUUGGUUGUUAAAGCAUUAUCACACUUGUGUUUUUUAUUUUCAACAUUUUCAUGCUGUUUUCACUAUUGUGACAUAGUGAGUCCUGAAAUAUGUUUUCCCCAUUUACAUGAAUGACAUACAAUGAAUAAAGACAAAAUCAAUUCCAAUGAUGUAAAUCUUUAUUAGUAAAGCAUUGUUUUAUUCAUAAACCCAACCAAUAUGCACCAAUCAUAGUAAAUAUACAAGGUAUAAAAUUUGAGAAAUUCUUCUAUAUAGAUCUUUGUUUUAUCUUACUACUUGCUUGUAUAUUUAUUUUGUAUAAAUAAAAGUGUCAUAUAUAUACAA